CCUGAAGACAGAACAAAAAUCUUUGAAUAGAAAGAAGCUUAUUACCUAAAAAAAAGUCAAAAAUGAGUAAAAGAGAGAUAAGCAUAUGUCACCAAACUCAAGCCCUUCUGUAUAAGAACAUCCUUAAAAAAUGGAGGAUGAAAAGAGAAAGUUUAUGGGAAUUACUUUCCUCUUUGGGUGUAAUUCUUCAUCUGUACCUACUGUUAAAAGUUAUUAGUGUUACUCAGUUUAAAGAACAACCUUCUGUGGAACUUGGACGCAUAGGCAAAUUUAAUGAUUCUGACUUCGCUAUUGCAUAUACACCAGUCUCCAAAACAACUCAAGAGAUAAUAGAAAAAAUAGCAUCAACUUCCUUUAUGAAAGCUCACUGCUAUAAACAUGAAGAAAACCUCAGCUGUUUACUUGAGAAAUUUUGGACACAUGGUUUUGUGACAUUUCAAUCUGCCAUAAAUUCUGCUAUCAUAGAAAUCUCAACAAACCAUUCAGUGAUGGAUAAAAUGAUGGCGAUCAUUGGAAUAAAAAUGAAGAUGUUACCUUUCAUUUCUAAAGGGGAAAUUCUGAUUGAGUUGAUUCUUUUCUUCUACAUAAUUUCAUUCACCCCACUGAUAUAUUUUGCAUCACUCAAUGUUACAAAAGAGAGGAAAAAAGCAAAAGAAUGGAUGAAAAUGAUGGGUCUCCAAGAUUUAGCAUUCUGGCUCUCCUGGGGUGUGCUAUAUGCUGGCUUCAUCUUUAUUAUGGCCACUUUUUUAGCAAUUACUGUAACAUAUUUCCAACUUAUAAUCACCACGGGCUACCUUAUGAUAUUCACUGUCUUCUUUCUUUAUGGUCUUUCUUUGAUAGCCUUUGCUUUCUUGCUGAGUGUUUUAAUAAAGAAACCUGUACUUAGUGGCUCAAUCAUACUCCUCUUUAUUGUUUUUUGAAGUAUGGGAUUUGUUUCAUUACAUAAACAACUUCCUACAUCUUUGGAAUGGAUUUUUUGUUUCCUGAGUCCCUUUGCCUUUAUUCAUGGAAUUAUCCAAAUCAUAUGGUUGGAGUAUGACUUGAGAGGUAUUACUUUCCAGGACCCCACAGGGAGAUCACAUGUAUUUAUAGGAACAAUUUUUAUGCUAAUUUUUGAUACUAUCCUCUAUUUGGCACUGACAUUAUAUUUUGACAAAAUCUUACCAAGUGAAUAUGGAUACCGGCAUCCUCCCUUGUUUUUUCUAAAAUCCCGACAUCAACACCACAAAGCCCUAGAGAAUGAGACCAGUCCUGAAUAUCACUGUGACUCUUUUGAACCAUCUCCAGAAUUCCAUGGGAAAGAAGCCAUCAGAAUUAGAAACAUCAGGAAAGAAUAUAAAGGAAAGCCUAAGAAAGUGGAAGCUUUGAAAGCGUUGCAUGCUGAUGUUCAGACUAGGUCUACAUGGGGAUACCAGAAGCACAGGCUGUCACCGGGGGAUGAUGCCACAUUUGGAACAUCAAAAGAAGUAGGGAUAAAUUUCCUUACACAGGAAUUUCUUUUUUUUCUUUUUUUAAAAAAUUAUUUUUUUAUCUUUUUGUUAAAUUUGUCUAGGUAUGGAAUUAGGUACAUUAAAGUCCCCAACUAUCAUAGUUUUAUGGAUUAUAGGUUUUCAGUUGCAUGCAAUACCAAGAGACUGAAUUGCUUUCCGGUGCUUGUGGAUAUCAUUAGUAAUGGACUCCUUAAAAUGUUUAAUUCCUCAAAGCAAAUUCAGACUUUGAGAAACAUAUUUCCUUAUUUAACUGUAUCGUUUAAGUUUGGCUCUAUGGAUAGCACUCUUUUCUGGGAAUUGAUGGCCACCAGCAUUUCUCCUUACAUUGCAAUGAGCAGUAUCUAUGAUUACAAAAUAAGAGCUCAAUCCCAACUAAGGAUUUCAGGCCUCUACCCUUCUGCAUAUUGGUGUGGGCUGGCCCUGGUGGAUGUUCCCUUGUACUGUUUGAUACUCAUUGUAACAUAUAUAUCUAUGCAUAUUAAAAGACAUAGAGACAUCCCAGAAUUAUCACCUCACAUAGCAGUGGAGUUUGCUAGGGUCCUGUCAAGCAUUGGUUACGCAGCAUCUAUUAUCUCUUUCAUGUAUAUGAUUUCAUUCAUCUUUCGCAAAGGAAGAAAAAAUAGUAGCAUUUGGUCUCUUUGCUUCUUUAGUGGAUCCUUGAUGUGGACAAGGGUAAGAGGUGUUGGAAAAUUCCCAAAAAUAUUUCCAUCAAGUAAAGAUGCAGGUCCCAACCCUGAAGAGCCAGAAGAUGAAGAUGAAGAUGUUCAGGAAGAAAGAGAAAGAACAUCAAAUGCAUUGACUACUUCAAAUCUUGAUGAGAAACCCGCCAUUAUUGCUAGCUGUCUACGCAAGGAAUAUGAAGGCAAAAAGAAAAGUUGCUUUGCAAAGAAAAAGAAGAAACUGGCUACAAGAAAUAUUUCUUUCUGUGUUAAAAAAGGUGAGGUCCUGGGGCUGCUAGGACACAAUGGAGCUGGAAAAAGUACAGCAAUUAGGAUGAUAACUGGAGAAAUAAUACCAACUGCAGGAGAGGUGGUGCUAAAAAGGAAGAGUACAGCCACAAGUCAACAAGGAGAUGACAUGUCCCAGUUCCUUGGCUACUGCGCUCAGGAAAACACACUCUGGCAAAACAUUACAGUGAGGGAACAUCUGGAACUAUAUGCUGCUGUAAAAGGGAUGAAUAAGGAAGAUGCCACAGCUACAAUUUCACGAUUGGUGAAAGCUCUCACACUAUACAUGAAAUUUCCAGUCAAACAAUUGUCACCAGGCAUAAACCGAAAGCUGUGUUUUGCACUGAGUAUCCUGGGAAAUCCAGCUAUAGUACUUCUGGAUGAACCAUCAACUGGAAUGGACCCAGAAGGGCAGCAGCAAAUAUGGCAGGCUAUUCGGGCAACCUUUAAGAACAAGGAGAGGGGUGCUAUUCUGACUACACAUUACAUGGCAGAAGCUGAAGCUGUGUGUAACCGAGUGGCUAUUAUGGUGUCAGGACAACUACGAAGUAUUGGUUUCAUCCAACAUUUGAAAAGCAAAUUUGGCAAGGAUUAUUUACUAGAAAUUAAAGUGAAGGAACCUGGGCAAAUAAGGCCCCUACAUGCUGAAAUUCUGAAGCUUUUUCCAAGAGCAGCCCAGCAAGAAAGGUAUUCUUCUCUGAUGGUUUAUAAGUUACCUAUGGAAGAGGUACAACCUCUCUCACAAGCAUUUUCCAAAUUAGAGGCAGCUAAAUGUACCUUCAACCUGGAAGAAUACAGCCUCUCUCAGUCCACUUUGGAACAGGUAUUUCUAGAGUUAUCAAAGGAGCAAGAGCUGGGAGAUUUUGAAGAGGAACUGGAUACAACAGUAAAAUGGAAACUCCUCCCUCAGGAAGAGCCUUAA